AUGGCGAGAGUGGAUGAACGGUUGGAUCAAGUGGUCAAUCAGUUGACUGAUCGGAUGGCCGAUUUGAUCAAUCGUAGGAGGCAGAGACCCAAUGAUGGGUAUGGUUCUGAAAUUAGUAACCCAUUUGGUGAUGAUUCGACUUCCGAAGACGAACAGGAGGGGCAACCAAGGGGUGAACGUGGAGAUGGUAAUCGGCGUUGGGAGGCGGGGAUGCGUACUAGCAUUCCAGAAUUUGAUGGUGACACUUUGAAUCCAGAAAAUUUCAUUGAUUGGCUUGCUGUGGUUGAAGAGGUGUUCGAAUUCAAAGAGGUACCCGAAGACAAAAGGGUUCCUUUGAUUGCUACCAGGUUACGUGGUAGGGCAUCGGCUUGGUGGAAACAACUGAAACUGUCUCGUGAAAGGAUGGGAAAGUCAAAGGUCACAACCUGGAGGAAGAUGAAGAAGUGCAUGAGGGCCAACUUUAUUCCUCAUAAUUAUCAGCGUUUAAUGUACCAACGGUUACAGAAUUUAAAGCAGGGAUCCAAAACUGUUGAAGAUUACACAACGGAAUUCUAUCAGUUGGUGGCUCGAAAUGAUAUUCAAGAGACUGAAGAUCAACUUGUCUCUCAUUAUAUUGGUGGUCUAAGGCUUGCAAUUAUGGAGUCUGUGAAUUUGUUUGAUCCGUUGACUAUUUCUGAUGCACAUCAGCGUGCCCUGGUUUUUGAAAAGCAAACCCGACGUAGUGGUGGUUCAGCCUCAUCUGCCUUGACAGGAGGUAGUUCGGGUUCGGGCAAUGUUGCGUCUCGUUUUGUGCCCAAUCAAGCAAAACCGGGUGGUGGCGCUGCUGGGUCUAGUUCUAAAGGGGCCGGUACUAGUAAUAUGAAAUGUUUUAAUUGUGGGGAGACGGGUCAUCGCCAGGCAGAGUGCAAGAAGGCUGGGAAGAGACACUUGUAUAACGAGCCUGAUGGAUGGGAAGAUGAUGAUGAGGUUGGUGAGACUUAUGAAGAUGGCCCGGUUUAUGAUGAGGAGCCUAAGUAUGAAGAAGAGGAGGUGGCUGGAGAUGUGGGGUUGAGUCUGGUGGUUAGGCGUUCAUGCUAUACACCAAAGGCCAGUGAUGAUGAUUGGCUUAAGCAUAACAUCUUCCAUUCGACUUGUACUGUGUGGGGAAAGGUUUGUACCUUUGUUAUUGACUCAGGGAGUUGUGACAAUCUAGUUUCUGAGGAGGCUGUCAGAAAGCUAGGUUUGAAGACGGAGAACCACCGUAAACCUUAUAAGCUCCAGUGGCUCAAGAAGGGAGGCGAGGUACAAGUCAGUAAGCGUACCCUUGUUGCUUUUUCUGUUGGUAAAACAUAUAAGGAUGAUGUGUGGUGUGAUGUGGUACCUAUGGACGCUUGUCAUUUGUUGUUGGGGAGGCCUUGGGAAUAUGAUCGAUGCGUAGAGCAUAACGGGCGUUCUAAUACAUACAGUUUCAUGUUUGAUAAUGUGAAGAUAACUUUGUUGCCUAAUAAACCCAAAGAAGUAGCCGCCAAGCCCACUGGUACCCUGUUGACUCUUUCUCAGUUUGAGAAUGAAUUGGAGGUGGGAGAUGAUGUUUUUGUGUUGAUUGGUAAGGAAGUGGUUGAUGGGGUCAACAUUCCUGAAGCUAUGGUUCCUUUGCUUGAAGAAUUUUCUGAUGUUUUCCCUAAUGAAUUGCCUGAUGGAUUGCCACCUUUGCAUGACAUCCAACAUCAUAUUGAUUUGGAGCUUGGGUCACAGUUACCCAAUAGACCACAUUACAGGAUGAGCCCUGGUGAGCAUGAAGAGUUGCGAAGGCAGGUUGAGGAAUUGAUUUCUAAGGGCCACGUUCGUGAAAGUAUGAGCCCUUGUGCUGUUCCGGCUUUAUUGACUCCAAAGAAAGAUGGCACUUGGCGUAUGUGUGUUGACAGUCGGGCAAUCAACAAGAUUACUGUGAGGUACAGGUUUCCUAUUCCUCGACUUGAUGAUUUACUUGAUCAGAUUAGUGGUGCUACUAUUUUUACGAAGUUAGACUUGAAGAGUGGGUAUUACCAGAUUCGUCUUAGACCGGGUGACGAGUGGAAAACUGCCUUCAAGACUCGUGAAGGGUUGUAUGAGUGGUUGGUGAUGCCAUUUGGUUUAUUAAACGCACCUAGUACUUUUAUGCGUGUGAUGAAUCAGUUACUUAGACCUUUUAUUGGGAAGUUCGUGGUUGUGUAUUUUGAUGAUAUUCUUAUUUAUAGUGCUUCCUUUAGCGAUCAUGUUGGGCAUGUGAAGCAGGUUUUGGCCUUACUACGCAGGGAUCGUUUUUAUGCAUCCACCAAGAAGUGUGUGUUCAUGACCCCUAAGGUGUUGUUCUUAGGGUAUGUUGUUUCUGGUGAUGGGAUACAGGUUGAUGAAUCCAAAGUAGCGGCUGUUCAAAAUUGGCCAACUCCUACUACCAUUACUGAAGUUCAUAGUUUCCAUGGGCUUGCUUCUUUUUAUAGACGGUUUAUUCCACACUUCAGUUCUAUUAUGGCCCCAGUGACAGAUUGUAUCAAGGGGAAGACGUUUGUAUGGACAGUUGAGGCAGAUUUGGCUUUUCAAGUUGUGAAGAAGAAGCUCACUACAGCACCAAUUCUGGUAUUGCCUGAUUUUUCUCAAGUUUUUGAACUUCGUACUGAUGCCUCAAAGGUUGGAAUUGGUGGGGUUCUUAGUCAGGGUGGUCGACCUGUUGCUUAUUUUAGUGAGAAGUUAACUGGGCCUAAGUUGAGGUACAGUACUUAUGAUCUGGAGUUUUAUGCAGUGGUCCAAGCUGUAAAGCAUUGGCGUCAUUACUUGUUUCAAAAGGAGUUUGUUUUGUUUACGGAUCAUGAUUCAUUAUGGCAUAUUCGUAUUCAAGACAAGGUAUCUCAUAAGCAUGGACGAUGGUUGGAUUUUCUUGAGAAGUUUACUUUGGUGGUCAAGCACAAGAAUGGUGUUUCAAAUAAGGUUGCUGAUGCCUUAAGCAGGAGGAGUAAUCUGCUUGUUUCUAUGAGGGUUGAUGUGCCAGGUCUGGAGGUCAUUCGUGAGCAGUUAGCCAUUGACCCUUAUUUCUCAGUUAUUUUGCAGGAUGUGGAAACUGAGAAGAAGUCAGAUUUUCUUUUGCAUGAUGGCUUUUUGUUCAAGGGGAAUCAGCUAUGUAUUCCUGAUUCUAGUCUUCGUUUACAGAUUAUUAAGGAGUUACAUGGUGAAGGGCAUGUUGGUCGUGACCGCACUUUACAGUUGGUGAAAGCUUCUUAUUAUUGGCCUACUAUGAAGACAGAGAACACAGCACAGAGAAACAGAGAAACGAGAGAUCAGUGA